AUUUUUUAGGACAAGUUGUUGGAACAUUAUUGAUACAUAGCAACAUUAUAACUUACAAUUCUACCAAAAAAAAAACAAAAACAUUGUAACUUACAAAGCCAGUCCUUUGUCAAUGGCUAACAAAAUAUAGGCGCUAUGGUAUGAAAUUGAAAUCUCUCCUCGAUCGGUCCUUUACCAUCAUGCAAACUAAGGUGAACAUAUUCAGCGAUCCUUUCCUUCUGCGCUAUAGUAUGAAAUCAAGCUUACACAAUCAAAUCAUUAACGAUACAUCCUUUGUCAGGCAUCAGCAUAAGAUUGACCGAUUCUAACUGAUUGCAAGUUUUAAGCACCGUUGCCACUAUAAAAGCCCUGUGUAGCUGCUGACAUGACAGGGAUCAAAUACUAACUUUUCAUGGUUACACAAAUAUCAUAACAAUAUACAAUGUAUAUGACCAGUAAUGUUGCAUAGAAAACAAUUUCAGUGGGGUUACACUCCAUUAGAUUGCAUUUCUGAAGGAUCUAUCAGACCUUCUAACACGACAAGCCGGUCCAAAAGGGCAAGCUUCUCAUUCUUAAGAUUCUUAACAUCAUCUUCA